CCCUGCCGUUCUUCUUCCUUUCUUGGUUCAUCCUCCAAAUUUGACAAAGCUUUCAACUUUCUCUGUUUUUGGAGUUUUGAGUAUAAAAUCCAUUGAUUUUGAUCCCAAAAUCAUACUAAACAGUGCUUAGCAAACAAAGAAAUGAGUAAUUUCUCCAUUUAUAUUCAUCAUGUGCAGCAAUGAGGAGCAUUAAUGGCAGAAAAAUCGUUUCUUUAUUCAAAUCUGAAAAAUUACUUCAAAACCCAGAAACAGAUAUAUGAAUGGCAGCAAGAAUCUCCAUCAAACACUUGACCCCUUAUUUUUCUUUCACAAAAAAAUCCCAAUUCUCUUCAUUAACACCUACUUAUCAAUCCAAAGCUUUGGAAUUUCUUGAUUCAUGUCAAAGUUUGGCACAGCUCUUUCAAAUCCAAGCACAUUUGAUAAUAACUGGUCUUUUACAAGUACAAAAUCCCUCAUAUUCUUGCAGAUUUUUGAAGCUCUGUACUCAACAUUGUGAUGAUAUUGAAUAUACUGCAUUGGUAUUUAAGUGCAUUCAUUUUCCUGAUACUUUUUCAGUUAAUACUGUUAUAAAAGCUUAUGCUUGUAGUUCUUUGCCUGAUAAUGCUGUAGUUUUCUAUUUCCAAAGGCUUAAAAAUGGGUUCUUGCCUAAUAGUUUUACAUUUCCACCUCUCAUGAGUGCUUGUGCUAGAAGGGGUCGUUUGGAUUCGGGUCAGAAGUGUCAUGGACAAGUUGUGAAAAAUGGUGUUGAUGGAGUUUUGCAAGUGCAGAACUCUUUAGUGCAUUUUUAUAGUUGUUGUGGUUUUAUUGAUCUUGCUAGGAAGGUAUUCGAUGAAAUGCACCAGAGGGAUGUUGUGUCUUGGAACAGCAUUAUGAAUGGAUAUGUAAAAGUGGGUGAAUUAGUCGUUGCACGACAGUUGUUUGAUGCAAUGCCAGAGUGUAAUUUAGUUGGGUGGAAUGUCAUGAUGACUGGGUAUUUGAAUUCGAAUAACCCUGGGAAGUGCCUAAAGUUGUUCAGAGAAAUGGCACAGAGGGGAUUGAAUGGGAACGAUACAACUAUAGUUAUUGCGGUUACUGCUUGUGCUAGGUCAGCUCGAAUGAAGGAAGGAAAAUCUGUUCAUGGGUGUCUUAUUAAGGCAUCGAAAGACUUGAAUUUGAUUGUUAGUACGACUUUAAUUCAUAUGUAUAGUAGAUGCGGAAGAGCAGAAAUAGGUCGUUUAAUUUUUGAUCGGAUAUCGAUCAAGAACAUAGUUUGCUGGAAUGCAAUGAUUUUGGGGUAUUGCAUUCAUGGAAUCCCAAAAGAUGGGCUUAAUCUGUAUUCAGACUUGCUGAGUAGUAGAUUAGAAAGUACAGAAAAAAAUCAUGUUAAGUACCAUGCGCUUCCAGAUGAAAUCACAUUUGUCGGUGUCUUAUGCGCUUGUGCCCGUGAAGGACUGUUAACAGAAGGAAGAAAACACUUUGGAAACAUGAGUGAUGUGUUUGGUAUAAAGCCCAGCUUUGCACAUUAUUGGUGCAUGGCUAAUCUCUUGGCAAAUGUUGGCCUAAUGCAAGAAGCAAUAGAAACACUGAAGAACAUACCAGUGGAGAGCAAUUUGCCACUGGAAUCCUCAUUGUGGUCUGAAUUGCUUGGCUCAGCACGCUUUGGACGGGAUGUAAGUUUAGGAGAACAAAUUGCGAAUAAGUUGAUUGAUCAAGACCCCAAGAAUUUUUGGCAUUAUUUAUUGCUGGUGAACAUCUAUGCUGCAGCUGGUCGUUGGGAUGAAGUAGCUCAGACAAAGGAGAAAAUGAAGAAUAGAGGAAUAGAAAGAACACCAGGUUGCAGUUUAAAAGACUUGAAGGAAAUUGUUCACAACAUGUCAGCCACAUAAAGUGCAGCUGUCUGUGCUUCUUUGAUACUUUGGGCUCUAACAAUGAAGAAUUUAAAUUGCACGAGAUGCAGCAGCAACUUCAAUGGAAGCUUUUGAUGGAUCUAUGGCUAACUGUCCUUGCAUCAGAAGGAACUUUGAAAAAGCUAAACAUCAUGGGAAAGACUUAACUGCUAUGAUGGAUAAGUACCUUCAUGCAUAUGUGUCAAAGUAUUUGUACUUAUUUGAGAGGAGGCUUUACUGAUGACUUUCUUGCAAACUUAAAUGUCUACUGAUGUGCCCUUGUCCAAGAAUGACUCAAAAGUCCAGAUAUGCGGGGCUCAUGGGAUGCUUUACUGGAUUUCUGAUUUCAAAAUGGAUUUUGGAAUAAAGAAUGACUUGGAAGAUGGGAAUACUGCAAUCACAUCCUACUUUGGGUCUCUACAAGAAGGUCCAUAAACAGAUGGGAGAUGUGUGGAACGGAAGGUGGUGGUAUAAACUGAUUGUGAAGAUGAUGGAAGAAAGGGCAGAACGAACAUUGAACUUGCCCCUAAAUCAUGGCUAUUCUUGGUCAAACUGAGAUGAUAGAAUAUGUAACUGGCGGAUGGAAGCUUUUAUAGUGGCAGUCACCUAGCUCUCUUUUUGACAUUCAGAGGGUAAAGCUUUCGAGAUCCUGAAGAGAGGCAAUAAAACACCAUCAGGACAUUUUGGCUGAUGAUGAAACUUGCAGUUCCUUAACCUGUUAUCGCACUUGAAUGUCCUUGCUUAGUUUGAAUACACAACACCUGAGUUUAUGUGGUCACUGACAUCUACAUAAGUAGAUCAUGUACAAAUCUGUCAUUGGAUGGUGUGCUUACCGCGCAUAUUUUGACACCUCAAAAUGGUUUACGAUUCUGAUAUAAAGGCAUUUUUUUCGUGAA